AUGACUGGCCUUGGUCCGCGCGUGCUGUCAGUGCUCGAGUUUGCUACUGCUCGUGCGCCAGAGCUACAAGCGCUACAUGAGUUAUCACAGCAGAAACAAGUAUCAAGCUCUACGGACAUUAAAUUAGAGACACAAAAGAACCAGCGACGUCGUCGAGCGAACGCGUUCAAGUCCUAUACGAUGCCGCAACGACUCCGUGCAAGACCGGAAUCAUGUGUUAAAAAGACCUCUUUGCGUUGCAGAAAGCAUGAACGUCGACCUCAUAAGUUGCUGCAAGACCGAUCAAGUGCAUCUGGUGCAGCUUCCGAGCGGCCGCUGUGGCUUUCGUCGCAUGUGUGGCAUGCAAAACGUAUGAUUAUGACAGAGCAAUAUGGCUACAUGUUAGCAUCGCAUCGUGCUGAUAAGAGUCUAUCUGCUGCAUUAAAAGCUCUACGGACGACGGUCAUGGUACAUGAUGUCAGUUAUGAUGGAAUUAUUGAACUGUAUGGACUACCUCAAGCCAUUUUAGAAGCUCUACAGCUUGUUUCAGAUCCAGAGGGAUCCGAUUUUCAUGGAUUGCGUUUCUUGACCGGAGCUGAGGAAGGACAUAGUAUGUUGUACCAUGAAGGCAAAUUCCCACAAGGUGCAAUUGCACCAGUGACGUUUAUGUGGAGACCAUUGAGACAGGACUAUAAAAAUGGACGGUUUACAUUGCACAAAGACUGGCAGAAUACUAAACGACAAUUAUGGUUGUGGGUACACCCUGCAGCAUACAUGGAAGCAGCAAUGGCGAUUGCAAUGGCGUGUCACGAAGCUGGACGUGACGAUGAAGAAAGCAUUGAGAUGCUUGAUCGAAGAGGACAAUUGUGUCGUUUGAAACUGCGUGGACGACUUGCUGACGAGCUUUUGGCGAGCAUUGCACGUGGUGACGGAGAUGACGUUAGCGGUGAGGAAGAUCAGGAUAUUCAGGAACAAGACGCGUCGGAUCACGAAGAUGGCUUUGACGAGAAGCAGACAAUUGCCGAUUGCUGCAAGCGCAAUCGGUUGUAUGCUCUUUGCAAAAUGAAAGCGAAGACGCAAGUAGAGAAUGAGAGAGACAGCAUUUAUGCUGUUGCAGUGAAAGACCCACGCAUAGUACGUCGGAAAGAUAGUACACUUUACCAUCCGUUUGAUUGCGCAGCAGGCUUGUCGCUGCUGCAAGAACCACCUGCUGAGACGGUUCCAAAAGCUGGCACAGAUUUAAUCAGGAGUCCGCUUUCUGGGCUUAGUCUUUCAUCACUUGGUUGCGACGCGGAGGAGCCUGAAUCUAAAGCGAUACUCAAGGAAAUACAGGCAUUGGUGUCCUGGACUACAGGUACCUUGAAUGCAGAAGCAGCUGAAGGACCUGGCAGCUUGAACUUGUCAAACACGUAUGGUAAUGUGAAGCCAAAAGAGCUUGACGUGGCUGAAAAAGACAUUGAUAUGGAUGUGGAACCAAUACCAAACUCGCUGCUAUGGUCAUUGUCGAAGAGGCUCAAAAUUGAACGCAAUUUUCGUAAGGAUCACGAGCUGAACGAAGAGAUAUACCGUCAGCGCAAGGAAGGUGUGAAUGACAGUAUCUUUCACGGAGUGCGUGUAAAGUCCCAGCCUCUUCAUCUUCUGAUAAUCAAGAAGCGCGCGCCGUACGUUGUCGCGAGCGGUUGGGACAUCAUUUGCUCCCCGUCCAGUGUAGCAGGAUUGCUUAAGGCGUUGGUAUUUGGUGGUGCCUUGGUCGUAGGGCUUGAGGAAGACGCCGCUUUGUGUACUGUGUUGCACCAACCAAGCUUUCCGUGUGAUUUUCCAGAUACGAAAGCUGGGCAGGUCUAUUGGGAAGCCCGUGCACGUGACUUAGAAACUAAACAGGCAAAAAAGCCCAAAGCGGUGCGCUUUAAUUUUGAGAAGCAUGGUGUAAAGUCACCCUUUCAACCACGAUGGGAGCUACUCUUUCAUAUGCAGAUGCAUGAAGGUGAUGCAGAAGACAAGAACACGCAGACACUUUGCGUUGUACGUGGAGAAAAGUACAUGACACCCUUCUGCUUUUACCAAUCAAGUUGUACUGCCACCAAAUGCGACGAUGUGAUAUCAACAUCUAGUGUCGAGUCCAUCGUGCCAGUGGCAAUACCAACUCUUGUUCGUGUUGUUAUCGUUAUCCCCAGACGUGGCAACAUUGACGUCAACGCCAUGCUACUAGCGCCCUCACUUGAAGACGUGAGAGAGUUCAACAAUAACGACAGCUGGAAGGGCUCUGAUAUAUCGAUCUCUCAUUGGAUAUGUGACUUCCGCAAUCUACGAUCGGCCGAAAGGCGCUUUUCGUGCCGUCGGCUUUAUCGCCUGUGA